AUGACGACAACUCUUAAUGCGACAACUUCAUAUCCACCAAACAUCAGCAUCGCCUGCGUCGACUUCCUCGGCGAUGUUCACAGUGCCACUACGUACGUGAAACGCGACCUCGGCUUUCAAGGUCAACUCGGCCAAUAUGUUCUACUGAGCUAUGGCGAUACCAUGUACAGCGACGCCAACUACAGCGAUACCUGGAGAGGAAUGACGAGCGACUCAGCGGCCCUAGCUACACACAAUCCUCUCGUCGUCAUCGACCCGGUCUUAACACCAGAAGGCUACCCGCCACAAUUCUGCCCUUUGGUCGCUUCUUUCGGCGAAGAUCCUGCUAAAUACGGUAUGGGCAUCACCAAUGUGGUCGAAACCGACGACUCGGGCCAAGGUCAAGGGAUCAUGUUUUUCCUCUUGAACCACCGGCCAAACGGGACCAACAAUCUCAUCGGCGCUGGUGUUGCUUCUGUGACCCUUAACACGUCAACAUACCCGCCCGUGCCGCAGAUUCGCCGUCUCCCGCCGCGGUACUGGUGGGACGCGACGCGCGAACCGUGGUAUGGCGAUGUCUGCGCUCUGCGAUGGGAAGACUACAUCUACGGCUACGGCCACGGUGGGGAAGGAAAUCCUUGGGUCUAUCUAACGCGGGUGCGUGCUGCUGAGGCUACCAAUUUCGCCUGCUACGAGUAUUGGAACGGAUCUGACUGGCAGAGUGAGCGCCUCGACUCCCAAUCCAUAGGCGAGAAAGAGAGUGUCUUCUGGCAGAUCAACCAGGGGCAGGUCAUCUGGUCGAAUUACUACGGUUGUUUUUUCUUUGUCUACUGCGACAACUGGAUGAACUCGAAGGUUCUCCUCAAAACGUCCCCGAAACCCGAAGGCCCUUGGUCAGAUCCCAUCACUCUAUAUCAGGCCACUCCCAUCCGACAGGACAGCUCGAUCUACGCGGCGGUGCCACAUCCGUAUUUCGACAACUCGGGGAAAACUCUCGUUGUCACGUUCACGAAUCAUCCUAAUACUAUCCAAGCUGUGCGUGUUGUUUUCGCAUAG